AUGGACAGGACCAAUCGGACAGAGAUUGAGUUCAUUCUACAGGGACUUUCUGAGUACCCAAGAGCCGAAAAACUCCUUUUUGUGAUGUGCUUGGUGAUGUACCUGGUAAUCCUCCUGGGGAACAGCACAUAGAUCAUCCUCACUCUCCUGGAUUUCUGCCUUCACACCCCUAUGUACUUCUUCCUUGGUAAUCUUUCCUUCCUUGACAUUUGGUACACAUCCUCCUUUAUCCCCUCAUCGCUGAUACACUUUCUAUCAGAGAAAAAAACCAUCUCCUUCACUAGAUGUGUUGUUCAGAUGUCUGUCUCUUACACUAUGGGGUCUACAGAGUGUGUGCUCCUAGCAGUGACGGCAUAUAACUAUUAUGUAGGCAUCUGCAUCCCUUUGAGAUACACCAUCAUCAUGAGCAAGGCACUUUGUAUUCAGAUGGCAGCUCCCUCCUGGGGAUUGGGCUUUCUCAACUCAUUGACAGAAACAAUUGUAGCAAUACGGUCACCCUUCUGUGGAAAAAAUGUCAUCAAUCAUUUUGUUUGUGAAAUAUUGGCUUUUGUCAAGCUGGGUUGCACAGAUAUUUCCUUGAAUAUGAUUACUAAAAUGUUGAGCGAUGUAAUAUUUUUGUUUGCUCCAUUACUGUUGGUCUCCUACAUUUUCAUCCUUUCUACUGUACUAAGAAUCAAUUCAGCUGGGGGAAGAAAAAAGGCUUUUUCCACCUGCUCAGCCCACGUAACAGUGGUGACUGUGUUUUAUGGGUCAAUCCUCUUAAUGUAUAUGAAGCCAAAUUCCAAAGACUCUGCUUCUGACAAACUGAUUGCCCUGUUCUAUGGAGUAGUCACACUCAUGCUCAAUCCUACCAUGCUCAAUGACUGA